AUGGUACCUGAGCGAAACGAGGAUUACAUGACCUUGGGUUCCAGGAUGUCAGUUAUGGAGAGAAUUUUGAAGGCAUUGGGAGAUGCUAAUAUCAACAAGAUCGGCGUGUCGGGGUUGGCUGGAGUUGGAAAGAGUACAUUGAUGGAAGAAAUUCACAGGCAAGCCAAGAAAGAAAGGUUAUUCAAUGAGGUGGCUCUGGAAAAAGUGACAGACAACCCAAACAUAAGUCGAAUUCAAGGAGAAAUUGCAUACAUGCUAAAUCUACAAUUCAAUUCAAAUGAAACUGAAAUCAGAAGAGCAAACCGUCUACGAACGAGGUUACAAAAAGGCAAUGAGAUACUCAUAAUCUUGGAUGAUAUAUGGAAGACACUUGAUUUGAAUGCAAUAGGAAUUCCUUCCAAAGGAUGCAAACUACUUCUGACAUCCAGAGAUCAACGGGUACUAGCUUCUCAUAUGGGCACUGAAAAGAACUUCGAACUCGACAUUUUAGGAGAAGAAGAAGCAUGGAACUUAUUUGAAAAGAUGGCGGGUGAUUCUGUCAAAGAUGAUCUUGAUUUGCGAAACGAAGCAAUUAAGGUAGCUAAAGCAUGUGCAGGUCUUCCAAUUGCACUUGUAACAAUUUCUAGGGCAUUAAAGGAUUAGAGUUUGAGAAUCUUGAGGGAUGCCCUG